AUGUCAGUGUGCACUGCACGCCUCGUAUCGUCUUGCUACUACCAUAUAUGGUAUGAGGGGGGUCGUGAGGUGUUUCUGAGGUGUUUCUCGUGUUUCCCUCGGAGGCGGCGCUUUGCUCUGCGAUGCGGCGGGCGCACCUGGCUUGGCCGCCGCGAGUACUGGGACGCAGCGUACGCUUCGGGGCGCUACGGCACCACCUACGAAUGGAACCAAACCUGCGAAGCAGUCUGGCCGUUCGUGACCAGGCUUCUUGAAGACAGCCAGAGCAGCAAAGUACUGCACGUGGGCUGUGGCAACAGUCGCCUGGGAAGAAAGCUGGUGGAUGCCGGCUUCAAGAAUGUCGUCAACGUGGACUACAGCUCCAUGGUCAUCGACAUGAUGCGCCAGCAAGAGCCGGAACUCACGUGGUUGUGCCUGGACUGUGCGGAGCCUGGCGCCCUUGGUGAGAACGAGUUCGACGCCUGCAUCGACAAGGGCGCCCUGGACUCCCUCUUCGAGGCGGGAUCGGAGGCGAUGCGCCAGCGAGGCUGUGCCAUGGCCACGGAGAUCCACCGGGCCCUGAAGCAUGGCGGGAAGUACCUGGUCAUCAGCAAUGAUGGCACUGGCUCCGGUAUCUCCGAUGUCUUGGGAUCCACGUUUCGGACCGUGGAGAGUGAGCACAUCGAAGGAUACACAUGCGACUUGUACUACAAGCUGAUCACCGUCCUCCUGUGCACGAAGUGA